UUCCAGCCAGCGCCCCAGAACCCUGUGCCCUCAGUGAGCUGUCAAACCUUCUUCCAGCCAAGACCAGUAAGAGAGCUGGGGCUCCAGUAGACCCUAUCUUCUGGCCCCUAAAACUAGGCUGGGCUCUCCUGACAACCACCUGAGGUCACUGUCUAUGGUCAGAGGGGAGAGAGAGCCACCAAGACCUGUGAGGUGUGGGCUGCGGCUGACGGUUGGGGGGGGGGGGGCCUGACUUCAGACUGCUUCGUGGGAUAGAGGUAGAGUAGGAAGAGCAACCGGUUCUUACCGGCCUUGCCCUCAGCAGAUCUAGGACUGGGCCUCGGUCUCUCUCUGCUUGAAAUCCAUGCCGAAUUCCCUCGCUGGUGGCCAGUUCCCCAACCCUACUCUGGAUGCGAUUGACCUGGCGGACCGGAAUCCGAGAAAUGCAGGGACCUCCCCUUCUAUCCCAGGCUUGGAGGAGGCAGGCCCAGAUCCCUGGGCCUUCCCUCAGCUGAAGAACACUGGCCAAAUGAAAGAGGUCAGCAUGGCCAGCAGGCUUCGCAUGGUGGUCAUCGGCUUCCUCAAGGCAUGCGGACUCCUGGGAAGCCUCUACUUUUUCAUCUGCUCCCUGGACAUCCUCAGCUCUGCCUUCCAGCUGCUAGGCAGCAAAAUGGCUGGAGACAUUUUCAAGGACAAUGCGGUACUAUCCAACCCUGUGGCUGGCUUGGUCAUUGGUGUGCUGGUCACAGUCCUUGUGCAGAGCUCCAGCACAUCUUCCUCUAUCGUGGUCAGCAUGGUGGCCUCAAAGUUGCUGACUGUCCAGGCAUCGGUGCCUAUCAUCAUGGGCGUCAACGUGGGCACUUCCAUCACCAGCACCCUGGUUUCAAUGGCGCAGUCAGGGGACCGGGAUGAGUUCCAGAGGGCCUUCAGCGGCUCCGCUGUGCAUGGUAUCUUCAACUGGCUCACAGUGUUGGUAUUGCUGCCACUGGAGGGCGCCACAGCAGCAUUAGAGAGGCUGAGUGAACUGGCCCUGGGUGCUGCUAGCCUGCAGCCAGGGGGGCAGGCCCCCGACAUCCUCAAGGCGCUGACGCAGCCUUUCACACACCUCAUCAUCCAGCUGGAUAGCAGCGUGAUUACUGGGAGUGCUACCAGCAACACCACUAACAGCAGCCUGAUUAAGCAAUGGUGCGGCGUCAGGGGGGAGACGGGCAGCGAUGAGGGAUGCAGCAUCUUCAGCCCUUGCACAGAGAACAGCACAGCAUCCCCAGAGGAGAACAAAGUGCCUUGCCAUCACCUGUUUGUGGGCACCGGGCUCACGGAUCUGGCUGUGGGCUUCAUCCUGCUGGCGGGCUCUCUGCUGGUGCUCUGUACCUGUCUGGUCCUCAUCGUUAAGCUGCUCAACUCUGUGCUGCAGGGCCGCAUCGCACAGGCCGUGAGAACUGUGAUCAAUGCAGACUUCCCCUUCCCCUUUGGCUGGCUCAGCGGCUACUUGGCCAUCCUUGUUGGUGCAGGCCUAACCUUCUUGCUUCAGAGCAGUAGCGUGUUCACAGCAGCCAUUGUGCCUCUCAUGGGGGUUGGAGUGAUCAACCUGGAACGGGCCUACCCCCUACUCCUGGGCUCCAACAUUGGCACCACCACCACGGCCCUGCUGGCUGCCCUGGCCAGCCCUGCAGACAGGUUGCUCUUCGCAGUGCAGGUUGCUCUCAUCCACUUCUUCUUCAACCUGGCUGGCAUACUGCUGUGGUACCUGGUGCCUGUCCUGAGACUACCCAUCCCACUGGCCAAGCGCUUUGGGGACCUGACUGCCCAGUACCGCUGGGUAGCCAUUGUCUACCUGCUGUUCGCCUUUCUGCUGCUGCCCCUGGCAGCCUUUGGACUUUCCUUGGCAGGGGGCUCGGUGCUGGCUGCAGUAGGCGGUCCUCUGGUGGGGCUGGUGCUCCUUAUCGUCCUGGUUAAUAUCCUGCAAAGACACCGGCCAUCUUGGCUGCCUCACUGUCUUCGAUCCUGGGCCUGGCUGCCUCUCUGGCUCCAUUCUCUGGAGCCCUGGGACCGCCUGGUGACUGGUUGUUGCCCCUGCAGGGCUUGCAGCAACUCCAGUAUGACCACCAAAGUGGCUAACUGCUAUGAGAACCCAGAGAUCAUAGCUUCCCAGCAGUUGUGAAAAGAGGGUACCAUAGUCCAUCUGCCCAGCUCCACCAGCUUCAGGGCGUUGGAGGCUGGAUAGACCGCCUGCUAGUCUUCCCUGGGGGCAGAGGGGAGGGGCUCAACCUGGACUUUCUAGACUCCUGUAUGCCAUUCUUUGCAAAUAAAUGACGCUGUUACCAA